AUGCCUGCCAAAGUCCCUCAGAGACGCAGGAGACAUAUGUCCACCCGGGUAAGAAAGAAUGAACAGACACCAGUGAAAAACACCUAUGCUGCUUGCCCAAGACACUGGAUUGGAUUUGGAAAUAAAUGUUUUCAUUUUUCUGAAUCCACAAGUAACUGGACCUUCAGCCAGACCUCCUGCGUGGCACAAGAGGCCCAACUUGCUCGAUUUGACAACCUGGAGGAGCUGGUGGCACCCAAGGUAGUUAUUUUGCUGGAAUGGUUUCCCAUCCGGGGAAAGGAAAACCAUGCCUACCUGAACAACAACAGGAUCAGCAGUGCCAGGGUCUAUGUAGAUAAAAGAUGGAUCUGUAGCAAACCCAACAGCUAUACCCUCCAGUGCUAAAAUUCUUUUUCUUCUUCGUAGCCUUCGCCAAGAGAUACUUUUAGCCUGUUAUCUACAGUUGCUUCUCUUUCCCAUUCACAACCCAUUCUCCAUGUGGUUGUGAAAGUCAGGGGAACAGGAGCUGCCUUUGCCAUGAACUGCCCUGUCAUCAGCUGCUCCUGGCAAUGCAGCCUUACCAGAUCACAGGGGAAGAGGUGCCAGGCGGUCCUAUGAGACUUGAUAGG